GACUUCCUUCCACCGUCGGCCCCGCAGAGGCAGCGUCUAGCCCCGCAGAGCCGAGAGUCCAGAGAGGAGGGCAGAGCCGGAGCUGCUUACAACACAGGCUCCAGGAGAACCAGCACAAAGGAGAGAUUCAGGAAGAGGAGUUCCUAGGAAACACGUCUCCUGCACACUCACACUCACACACACUCACUAAGAGGCAGGACGAAUCUUUGGACAUGCUCUGCAAGCAGUGGCUGUGGAGAGACUGAUUGCUGCCGACAUCGUGGAAGAGGUGGAUCGGUCAGAGAUGAUUCCCCAUGAAGUCUAUGGAGCUCAUGUUGGGAGCUGGACUGACUCUGUCUUCUCUGGUGUGAGACCUGGAGCCGUCUACCAGUGAAAACAAAGCGAGCCGGAGCCACACAGUGCACAGGGAGGCCAGCCCCCCUCGCACAACCACUGAGGGCUGGUGAAAGAGAGGAAGUCUCCGAGGAGCUUACAAGUAGCACAAGGGAUUAUUAAAACCGCGGUGGCACAAUGAAAUCUAACCAAGAGCGAAGUAACGGAUGCCUGCCUCCUAAGAAGCGUGAGAUCCUGGCUCUGGAGCAGAGGCCAGUGGUCGUAGCCACAGCUACACCCCCAGCAGCAGUGGUGCCCCAUAGUCCCCACACAGAGAACUUAGCGUGGUUGGCAAGUGUAGCUAGUGAACGUUGCAGGUCUCGGGACGCAGAGAGCCCAAGAUGUCUCAUCUCCUCCCCUUCUCCUUCCAUGUCUGCACCUUCCUCAGCCCCCCCUCUGUCCACAGUGCCCCUGGCCUCUCUGCCUACAGUUUACUCCACAGCCCUCCCCCAGCAGGGCGGCACUAUCCAGUUUGCUCAGCUGGGACCCAACGUUCAGUUCAUCAGCUCCGGGCCUUAUGCCGGCUACAUCUCCUCUCACAUCAUCUCCACAAAUUCUGGCUCUCUGCCUAACAGCUCCACCAUAGUCGGACAGCGUUCUCACCUGGAUGGAUACACCACUGCCCUCGUCUCCCCCAGCAACAAAGGGGAGCAGCACUUUCAAAUAGGCCUCUCCCCCUCAGAAUUGACGCCUGUGUCGCUCCCAAGCUCUCCCCAAGUCACCAGCCAGUACAUCCAUCUGGACAGCAGAACACCUCUGACCGUCAGCGGAAAUGCCGUCAAUUCACCCGGAGCCCACCUCCAGCUCCACCCUCACUCAGCCGUCCUCCCACAAACACUUACCCUCACUCCCUCCCAGUUGGUGGUUCAGUAUGCAGAUGGCUCCAUUGGAAAGAAGCCAGAGGGGCAUGCUAAGGGUCUACUGAAUGGGGAAAUGGAGCUGGUCAAGCAGGCAAAAGCCCACAGUCAUCAAGCAAACCAUCACCAGGUCCAGAGCUAUGAGGCCAGACAUAUCCUUCUGCCUGCGGACUAUGGCCAAAACCCCACAGGACUCCAGACCUCCUUGGUGCUGGUGGCUCAGCCCAACCACGGAGAGGAACAUGACGCUGGCUCAAAUAAGAUCUCCUUAGUCCAGACUGAGAAGGGAGGCAUCUGCUUGGGGAAACCAAUGUCCAGGUCCUCCUCUUUCACCUCCUUCUCUUCCUCAGAGUUGAUGAAGUCUGUUGCUCCUCAUACAGUCAUCCAGACCACUCUGCCCUCAGAGGAGCUCCCAGUCAGCCUAUAUUCCUCUACACAGUCACCUAUCAUUGGUUAUAUCACCAGUGCAAACCAGCAUGCUGUCAGCUACCAUGCGGCGCUGCCCCAGCACCUGGUGAUCCCGAGUGGCCAGUCCCUCUUCAUCCCGGUCAGCGGCACCAAUAACGGCAUAGAAAUGGAGGUCAGUCGUACUGUCAGUGCCCUGACUGCUACCACUACCCCUCAAAUAUCCACCGCCAUGCCGCAUGCAUAUUUAGCCACAGCCUUGUCCAGGUGUGAGGCACUUGGGCAAGAUGGACAUCAGCCACCCCCUGCUGUCACUCAUGCUCCAGUGCUGCCAGUCCUGCCCUCAAACCCGGCACCAGCAGUAUUUGCAGCUCCCUCUCCGUCUCCUGCUCCCCCUCCUGCUCCUGUCCCAACCCCAGCCCCUGUUUCCAUCCAAGCCUCCCCCUCCAUUUCCUCCUCCUCCUCUCCUGUGGCGCUCCCUCCAUUCUUCAUGCGAGGCUCCAUCAUCCAGCUAGCUGACGGGGAGCUGAAGCGUGUGGAGGACCUAAAGACAGAGGACUUCAUCCAGAGUGCUGAGAUUAGCAGCGAGCUGAAGAUCGACUCCAGCACUGUUGAGCGCAUUGACAGUGGGCAAAGCCCCAAUGCUGUGGUCAUUCAGUUUUCUGUGGGCGAGCUCAAAGCUCAGGUGUGCGUGGAGGUGCUGUUGGAGUACCCCUUCUUCGUGUUUGGUCAGGGCUGGUCGUCCUGCUGCCCCGACCGGACCACCCAGCUGUUUGAGCUGUCCUGCGCCAAGCUGUGCGUGGGCGAUGUGUGCGUGUCGCUGACCCUCCGCAGCUUGAGGAAUGGUUCGGCGACAGACGGCCAUGCUUUGGCGGCCAAGCUGAAGACGAGUCACCUCUCUGACUACUGCCAGAGUGUGGAGGCCACUGUCAGAAACAGUUUGAGCCCCAACGCAGGCGGCAACAGUGGCCUCCUAAUGAAGGCGUCCAGUGGAGAGACGCUGGAGAGGAAACAGGUUGCUGGACCAGGACUGGGACUAGUUGCAGGGUCCGCAGACGGGAUCUACGGAGCUGGACGGGUGCUGACAGUCUCAGGGACUGGAGAAGUAAGACAGGAAUCAGUGAAAACAGACAUGCCUGCUCUUACCAAACAGUGUGAUCUAGAGCGACCCGCCACCCGCAAGAGGCGCUGGUCGGCUCCGGAGAGAGACCAGACUGAGAGAGCCGAGGACGAGCCUCCUCCGACUCUGCCCAGACCCUCCUUCGUCCCUCAUGAGGUUAAAAUCAGCAUAGAGGGCCACUCCAGCGCUGGGAGCGAACGCUUCUUGAGCAGAAGAGUAGACUGUUAAGAGGACUUUAAUGAAUUUUAAAUUCCUGUGGUUUGCUUUGUGUUUCCCCCGCCUCUCUUCUCUCUAUCCAGACUACUGUAAUAUAGACAGAGUUUACACAGUAUUUACAUGUUUUCUUUCACCUACAUCUGAUAUCCACGAUGAAGUACGGUAGCGCCCCUUCAUAGCGUGGUAUCACACAUGAGAUCAGUGCAAUCAAUGCUGAAAGCAAAAACGAAUGCAGCAUGAAUGUUGAGUAUGAAUGGCAUGAGUCGCCCGAGAGACAUUUCACUCUUGUGUCAUGUGGCUCAAACCCGUUGAGUGCAGUACCGUUAAACAUUUCUGUCUUCACGCGAACGAGCACAGACCCCGAUGUCAGCUUGUAGAAAGUGGGUAACCAUAUUUUUGUUUUGUGUUUGGUUUGAAGUGUUGUUAAUGAGUCGAAGAGAGACCCACGGUGUUUCUGUGACAACACUCCAUCAUCAUGACCUGUGAUUUAUGCUGCCUUUGUGCAUCUGAUGAAGUUUUGAUUUCUCUUCUAUCACUGCAGUUUCUUUUAUUUUCACACCAUGACAGAUGUGUGCUACCACCGUCGGCUUGUGUCACCUGUCUCCAUGAGUGUGUGUUUUAUGGGUUUUCCUGAAGCUGUCCAACAGAGCACAGGAGUCAGGUGUGUGUGUGUGUAUGUGUGUGUGUGUGUGUGUGUGUGUGUGUGUGUGUGUGUGUGUGUGUGUGUGUGUUUUUGUGUCGCUGUGAGUUCUGUUGUCAGUGCAGCCUUCAAAUACAGAAAUGGAAAAAGGCCUGAAUGUAAACCACUGAAUUUGUCCUCAAAACUAACUCAUGAAGUCACUCAUGUGCUUUGUGCUGCACCAGUGAUGAACACGCUGAGAACUUGGCACCAGUGCUUUUCAAUACGCGGGUGACAGCAUGCGCACAUGAGUGCAUUCCUCUGUCAACUACACCUUGAUAUUUUGCUAAUUUCUGAUGAUUCCUUCCGACCUUCACACUGGCUGCCUCGCGCAGCAUUUCACACAAAUGUACAAAAAGGGAAAAUUCUGUCUCAUACCUCUGAAAGAACUUUUUAGCCAGUCUUUGUGUGGCUUCUGCCCUCACACUGCAGUAUAAACCCAGUUGGCCAAACUGGAUACUCAAAUUAAUUGAUUUUUAAUUUUUUUAGCCAAUGUGGGCAGCGCAGUAAAUGACGUAUUGUUACUUUUUCAAACCCGAUGACAAGCAGACACAACGAGCAUCAUUAGCAUUCAUCGUUCUCCUGGGGCCUUGAUUCCAGCAGCAUGAUGAGUCUGAUGACGUCCAGCUCAUCUUCGUUUUGGUCCCGCGGGAGAAAUAUCGGUCUCUAACGUUAGUGAAGUCUCCAUCAUUUUUAGAGCUUCUGUACUGAAACCUAUAAAAGGAGGUAACGAGAGCAUCUUUGUUGCCCUGAGGGGAACUGUAGAGUUUGCUAAUCGACCACCACGAGCGACCCCCUUCCACAUUCCACAGAACCACCUGAUCCUAUGUCAGUAUAUUAUUUGUAAAAUAUUGAGCAACUUAAAAUGCAACUACACCAUAAGAUAAAACAUAAUAUCUAUAUAAUAUUGACUUAUUGAUGGGAACGUGGUACCUUCCCACUCCACAGAUGGAUCCUGUUGAUUUCUAUGGCCUUAGAUACAAUAUAUAAUCUACCUGGUUCGCAGCAGCACAUGUUUUUUAAGAGUUUUUAACCAUUAAAACCUGUUUUCCUCAAUGAUGAUAUGUCCACACCUGGUCUAUCGUCUUUGGGUUAGUCGAUUUCUCAGAGUAGAGCCAAAAUAAAAAUGCUACAGUCCAUACUCAGGAACAGUGUGUGUGUGUGUCUGUGUGUGUGUAUGGUGCGUUAAUGUGUGUGUCCCCAUGUGUAUGUUCUGAGCAGCAGCACUUUGAUGAAGCAUCCAGCAGGAUGGUGGUGAUGGCCCUGUUUCUUAUCCACGAGAGAAAUUGAGAAAGAAUAAAAUGACUGUUUGACAUCACCGUAUGUCCGACAGGUUCACUAUUGAGAGGAAACUAUAUUCUGCUGGGACGAAGAAUGUAAACACACGUCGUGCAAAACUAUCUCAACUUUAUUUUUGAUGACGUAUAAUAGAGCUACUAUUCAGAGGGCGACGCAGAGAGUUGUAGAGCUAACUAUAGCCGGCAGGUGUUGAUCAUGUACAGUGAGUUGUAUCUAGAAUGUGUACAGUGUGUGUGUGUAUAGAUAUUCUAACCCUUAUGUAGCUUAUGUACUGUAUGUGCCACAGCGCCUCCUUUUUCAAUCAUUCCAUUAACUCUCCAACAACAAGUGGUACUUUGUUUUUUUUCUAGUCAGUUCAGGUGUUGAUCCAAUGUUCAUGAAUGUGCAAAACUCGUCAACACUAUUCAACCUCCUCACAGUUCCUCCGACUUGCACACCGUAACGUACAGUUUGUGUGGAUGUGAGCUGCAGUUCUCCUGAUGAUAGCCAUGGACCUUUUAGAGUACCUGAAAGGUGUUUUCUUGUAAACCCAGCUACCGACUGUUCUCGUCUGCUUGUGUCCGACUGCUCAGGCUUACCACUGCCCAGUGACUGUUUUCUCUGACGAGACUGCGUGCUCUUAUAUCAUCACUGUUACAAAGUCGAGCUACUGUUUCAUUCUUUGUCUCUGUAGCCAUUCGUCCCUCUGUAAACUUGAUCCUUUUUUAAAUUUCCUAACAGAAAUGGGUAUUUUUACAGAUCUGAAGGGACAUCUUGACGCAGACUCAGCUAUGAAGUGUGGGAUUGAUGCUCUAAGGCAGAGAUUGCUGUGACUCCAGGGUUUUCCUAUUGUCAAUUAAUCUCAUGAAAAAACUAAGACCAACAAUGCAUUAGUCAAACUUUUAUCCCCCUCACUGUCUCAGUGGCACUCGAGCCCAUUCAGCCCCACAGACGACAUCAUAUCUUUAAAAACAGGUCACAGAAGUGUACUUAAUUAUUUUAAAGGCACAAGCUUACAUCAAACAGCUCCAGGAUUCGUUAUGUUCCCUUGGCUAAACAACAUCAAGGCCCAUGUUCAUGUUCCUGACUGAUGACAAUGGACUGUAUUUUAUAUGGCUUAUUGACCAUUAAAUGUGCUUCACAGUAAAGGAUGCAUCAUACAGUCCUCCCAUAUUCAGCCCUUUUACUACACAGCUGUCAGAAAUUCACUGUCACCUCAGGAUGCAGACUGAAGAAGCCCGGGGAUCAAUCCACCAACCUUCUGGUUAGUGGACGAUCCACUCGACCUGCUGGCCACAGCUGCCUCUUUCCUCAAUUGUUUUCUCUUCUCCUCUUCCUUGUCUUUUUCUUGUCAAUGUCAAAUCAGAAGAGUAGAAUGGAUCAGGCCUCAGCUGCACAGACAAUACCCUAGUUUGAUUAGCUCAUUGUUGGCUCUGGUCUUUUUAUGGGGAUUGUUGACAUGAUGAAAAUAUAAAAUAAUGCUUGGCUUAUCAUUUGCAGUCCCUGCACACCCGCACAGUUAUUCCUGCUGGUUAGACCUCAGGUUGAAUCUGGGAGGAGCUGUGCUAAAUAAGAUUGUCAAUCACAUUGUCCUACCCUGACAAGGACCAACAACAGUUAGGAGGCGGCUUCAUUGAAAACAAAUGUGUGGGUGAACCACAAACGUUUAGAGACGCCAAUAUCAGCCUGUUGGAAAAGCUUAGUAACCCCUGAAAUUGCCUGAACUAGGCCCAUUCAAAUACAAUUUUAAAGCCUUUCUAAAUAACGUUGGACAUGGUGUAAGCACUACCAUGUGGUGAUCUAUGGAGUUGCACUUUGACAUAUAGGGUGGGGGUGUUUUAGUUAGUUACUAAUACACAUAAGUAAUGUACAGCAUGUCUGAGAGAAAUCGUACACUAAACAGUACAUCUCAGCGAUUUGUAAAUAGCCAAAGUCUUCCAUUAUAAUGUUGGUAUGACCUUUGUCGAUAGUGGAGAAGAUAAACACUGAUCCCCAUGUACAGACCUUUGAAGUGAAGUUCAAGAAUACGUCAUCGUUCAUUUGACAGAAUAAAGGAUAUCGCUUCACCUAAGACAUUUUCUUUUGCACUAUCUCAACAAUCCAGGAAAUUAUGGGAGAAAAACACUUACAGAAAAAAAGGAUUUUGUAAUUUGGGUUUGUUUGCUGGAUAAAUCUAAGUUACAGUUUGUCCCACUAUCGUACGUAGUAAGUAUCAAUAAUGUUCCCUAUUUUGAUGGUGUUGAGGUUCGCUAGUCAGAAACUGUUAAAUCUUUACUUCAAAUGUUUCAUUUUACAUUUGAUCAAAUAUAUUCAAAGAAAUAAACAGUCUAAAGAAAAACAAA